ACGCGAAGCCAUACAAUCCAUACAAUCCAUACAACCAUACCGCACCGCAGACCGCAGAAACCGGACAUCUUAUGACUAAUGAAAUGAACCCAUCAAUCCCUCUUGUAACAUCUUAUUUCUACAACUCAAGUUACAUUUUAUUUGUUUUGACUAUGACUUUUUGACUUGUUCGUGUUGAGAAGAAUCACAUCUUAGUCGAGAGGAACAAUGAGUAGACUUCAUACUUAGUAUCCGAUCGUGGUCUUUACUCUCCUUUUUCCCAUGGCGUCCCUGGUCACCGACUUCCUUGUCAACCCGGUCAUACGACAAGCACGACGCUUCUCACGAUCAUCAGGCAACUUAUCCACUUCCGAAUCUGUUUCGGCCCCUGAGAAGAUUAGGGAAUCUAAAGAAAGUCAAGAUGAUGCUAUCUCAGAAACCGAGGAGGAUUCCUAUUUGGGCGAUGAGGUAGACGGAAGUGUACAGUCAUCUCCUUCCUCACGGAGUUCCGUCCAUCCAAUUCCACGCAGUGACAUAAUCGACCAGUCCGAUGUAAUACGACGAGUUGCCUCAAAUAACUCCGAUAUACAUAUCCGCACCAACGAUGCUCGAAACGACACUCGAAACCUCGUCAAUCAAGAUGAAUCGAUACCAAUGCCUACAAAUAGCUCGAAUAUGGCGGUAAAUGAUUUGUUAUCCCCGGUGGAUAUCUCUCCGUCGGGAAUAAUACGGCGGAAGUCAUUGCCUGAGGAUGAUGGGAUGGGUGUAUUGCGGAGGCGUAUAUUCGCCAUUCAAGCACAAGACAUCCAAGCACCGGACAAAGCCCGUCAAAUGCACCAAUUAUUAUCAGAAGACUACACGAAGUCAAGGAGGUUGGCCCCGAUAGAUCGCCCUCUCACACCCUCCAGCCCUAUAUCUUUAGAGCAGCGGCGUUCCAUAGGCCCCUUAGAAUCUUUUAAGUUCUGGCAGAAUAUCUUAGACGAAACUGAACCUCGCGAAGAAUUCGAUUUGACCCCCAAAGACCUGCAGCCUACGUUUGCGCCGCCGAGGGACCUAUCAGAGGAUGCUGAAGAUACGGAGGACCCUGAGGACUUGGAUUAUCAUCCCUUCGGCUGCGAACAUUACCGACGAAACGUCAAGUUGCAAUGCUCUACGUGCAAUCGCUGGUACACAUGUCGAUUCUGCCACGAUAAGGUGGAAGAUCACGACUUAAUUAGAAAGGAUACCAAGAAUAUGUUGUGCAUGUUUUGCGGGACCGCCCAGAGAGCCGGUGAUGCGUGCGUAUCUUGCGGUGCAUCGGCGGCGCGAUAUUACUGUAGUAUAUGCAAAUUGUGGAACGAUGAUCCUGACAAACCGGUCUACCAUUGCAAUGAUUGUGGCAUCUGCAGAAUUGGAAGAGGCGUUGGUAAAGAUUUCUUCCAUUGCAAGACGUGUUGCACGUGUAUCGCUAUCGGCCAGGAGAAGGACCAUAAGUGCAUUGAAAGGUCUACCGACUGCGACUGUCCUAUAUGCGGCGAUUAUAUGUUCACGUCCCCGAAAGCUGUGUGUUUCAUGAAGUGUGGACAUAGUAUUCACCGUCAAUGUCUCGACCAACACAUGAAAGUUGCUUAUAAAUGUCCAAUUUGCAAUAAGAGUCUUGCGAAUAUGGAACUACAGUUUCGGAAUCUUGACAUGGCCAUCCAGACGCAACCGAUGCCACCCGAAUUUCGAGACACGCGAGCAUUAGUCCUAUGCAACGAUUGUUCGGCCAAGAGCUCAGUUGAAUACCAUUGGCUAGGUUUGAAAUGUGGCGUUUGCUCUUCAUACAAUACCGCGCAGCUGCAGAUACUUGGUAUGGCUGACGACGCAAUCGAAACCGACUUACUAGGACGGGAAGUACAGGUUGCUGAACUAUCAGCCACACGAGGUCCGAGUACGGCUGAGACAGGCGACGGGACUCGCGCCCGUGAUAUUAGAAGGCGUCACUCCUCUAAUGUCGCACGGUCAAGUAUUAAUCAGCCUACUAUGGGAGUGGACUUCUCAGAUAGGCUUGCACGUUCAGUCUCGCCACCCGCCCAUUUACUCGCUUGGAAUCCCCCAGCAGGCUAUUCCAUCAUGGAGACUGAGGAUGAAGACAGGGAAGAUUUGUUAGGGUUUUGGAGUAGGGUCCCUCGUAGCAUUGCGUCUAACGAGGAGGAGGACGACGACGCAGAAGCCUCAGACGACGAGUCUGUGUCGUCUUCGGAAGAGGAAGAGGAAGGAGAUGAUGACGACGUAGACGACUUCGAGCUGCUUGGCCAUCGCUAAGCGCAUUGAAUGAAAUAGAAUGGGGGUGGGUUGGCUUAUGAUCGAUAUAGGGAAGGCGUUCAGGUUCAGCAUUGAGUGCAUCGCAAAGGAAAUACCAGUGGGGUUUAGGCAAAUGGUUGGCAACACAGUACAGAGCGGCUGACAUGAAAUUGGCAUAUUGGUUAUAGAGGGGCAUUAUGUCUCAACACGCCCCGGCGCCUACGAACUCUGGGAGAAUGUUGAUGAACUUUGUAUACUUUGCAUACAGACAACUAAAAGCAUGGCAUUAUUCCGUAUUAUAUACAACGCCAUCAUGGCUUAUAGCAAU